UUUACUUAAUCUAACCAUACCGGUAUGGAAUCGAGCCUGUUUUUACAAGAUUUGAUGUCCAUUUUCCUUGAAUUGUCUUAAUUUGGUUGGAAUUUAAGAGAUAGCGUAGUUAGGGUUAGGUUGGAGUGGUGCUGUGCAAUCUAUGCGGAGAGUCUAUAGAUCAUUUACUCCUUCAUUGUGGGGUUGCAACAGAGUUGUGGAGUGCAAUUUUCCAGUUGUUUGGCGUUGCUUGGAUUAUGCCUCGCAAGGUAAGCGAUUUGUUGGGAAGUUGGAGGGGGCAAUUGGGCAAUCGUAAUGCUUUGAACAUAUGGGAGGUUGGCUUCUUUUUGUUUGAUGUGGUGUCUUUGGAGAGAGUGGAACGUAAGGAGCUUUGACGAUCGUGAGAAUGAAUUGUUAGAAUUUAAGAAGAUGAUGCUACACACCAUGUAUAUAUGGAGAGUGCCGAGUGGUUCUGAAGCUCCUGCUGGUGGGCCUAGUGUUACUUUAUUUGUUGCAUUUUGUGCUCUUGAGCCUCUGUAGCUACUGAGAAAGCCUUUUUUUUUCCUGGUUCAAAUGAGCCGUUUAUUCUCAAAGAGAUCAGACCACGCUCUUGACAUGAGGUCACAAAGGCCAUGGAAAAGAUCGGUCUUUGGUCAUGGCAAUUUUGAGCCUGUUUCAAAGAAUCCCAAAAUGACCUUGAAUGACAAUUAUGAAGAUGAUCUACUGGUGGAUGAGGAUUACAAAAAAUUGUUGUAUGCCUUAGAGAAGUACAGUGAAGAACCAGAGUCUUUGGAGUUGGAAAAUAUAGAAGAAGAAGAAAAUGAAGAUGGUCAUGAUUUGGAUCCUCAGUACAGGAUGUUCAUGGAAAAUUUGAGGGAAGAUGGGAAAUCAUAUAUACUACAAAUUUCUGAAGAGGAUGUGAUGACCUUUUGUAUAAAGUACGAAGGGGAGGACAACAGACCAUCUGGUGGCAAUGGCAACAACCCGGCAACUCCAAGAGAAGAGGAUAAGAGUAACUCGGCAACUCCAAGAGGAGAAAAUAAAGGAAAUUUGGCAACUCCUGUGGAAGAUGGGAUUGCCCCAACAGCUACAAGAGAAGAAGAUAGGAGGAACUCAGCAAUUCCAAGAGAAGAUAUGAAAACCUCGGCUGCUCCAAGUAAAAAAAAAGGGGGAAACUUAUUGACUCCAAGAGAAGAAGAUAGGGGAAACUCAGCAGCUCGUAGAGAAGAGGACAGGAGGCACUCAGUGAGUCCAAGAGAAAAGGAUUGGUGGAAUGCUGUGAAGACAGAAGACACACAAAGUCUAGAAGUUCCAUGUAGUGAACUAAAUAUUUUGAAGGAGGUAAAGAGGAUGACAUCAGACCCCAUUAAUCAUGUAUCCCAUAGGGCGGAUGGGGGUUCCAGUGUAAACUCUGAGAGUUAUCAGUUACUUUUGAAUCGCCGGAAACUUGAGGAUAUUGCUGCAGAGUUUUUGACCAAAAGGGGUAGCUCACUUCGAAUCUCCCAUUCUCCCUCCCCUUGGGACCAAUUACUUAUAAAAAAAGAAGAAGAUAUUUUGACCAAAAGGUGUAAACAGCUGAAACGUGACAAUAAUGAUGGUGAAACUUUACUUCAUACAAGAAAGUUUGUGACAAACUCAGCUAAGUAUGUACAUCGCCCAUUGCAUGGAAAGAUAUCUAUUGGAAGAGGCCAUUCUGAGUUUAGGGAGGAACUUAUGGACUCUCUUAGAAUGCCAUAUAGCCAGAGGGAGUACGAAAAGUUGUUGCAAGACUUUACUAUUCACAAACAAAUCCAACGCCAUAGAGAAUUGCGUGGGGGAAUAAAAGCAUAUGAUACAGGUGUUCUUGGCAAAUCAUAUAGCGAGCACUAUCCUGAUGUUACUAAGAAGAUAGAUUUAGUUCGUUUUGAUCAUCCUAAAGUUUUGAAUCUUCUACGUGGAUUUUUCUAUUGGUUAAAGAAUUUGUCAUGCGAAGGAUCAUUCCGGCCUUGGUUGGAUUCGUCAUGUCUAAAGGUAGUAUGUCAGGAUACUUCCUCCACUCAGAUAGUGUAAUCUAUUAGAUUAAGGGUUUUGCAUGCGCAGAAUGUGGUCUGAUACAUGUGAGAGAGAGAGAGAGAGAGAGAGAGAGAGAUCAAUGAUGUUUUCAUGCCAUUUUGUACGAAAAAUGAACCAUGGGAAAACUCACUAGGUAGUACAUAUUCAACGCAUCAACUCGAGUAGCAUCUCAUCUGUUUUAUGAACUCUAUGAUUUACUAAAAUAGGAGAAUUAACGGUACAAUGGCUUUGAAAUA